CUGCACUAUGGGACCAUCAUGGGCAGCAGAGCUUGUGUCAAAAUGGCAGCAGCUGCCUGGGCCAGUGGGUUUCUCAGUGCGGUGCUGCACACUGGGAACACAUUUUCAAUACCGCUCUGCCAAGGCAACUCCCUGGGCCAGUUCUUCUGUGAAAUCCCACAGAUCCUCAAGCUCUCCUGCUCAAACUCCUACCUCAGGGAACUUGGGGUGCUUGUGGUUAGUAUCUGUUUACGCUUUGGGUGUUUCGUUUUCAUUGUGCUGUCCUACAUGCAUAUCUUCACUGCUGUGCUGAGGAUCCCCUCUGAGCAGGGCCAGCACAAAGCCCUUUCCAUGUGCCUCCCUCACCUGGCCGUGCUCUCCCUCUUUGUCAGCACUGUCAUAUUUGCCCACCUGAAGCCCCCCUCCCUCUCCUCCCCAGCUCUGGAUCUGGUGGUGGCUGUUUUGUACUCAGUGGUGCCUCCAGCUGUUAGUGCCCACAUGACAUUGCUCUUGAUUGUCUUUGAAAUGUCCGUGCAAGCAGGAAGGUUCCUGCUAUCUGGGAAAAGGCAGACAUCACACCCAUUUUCAGAGAAGCACAAGAGGAAGAAUCCUGGGAACGUCAGGCUGGUCAGCUUCAUGCAAGUCCCUGGGAAGGUGAUGGAGCAAAUGCUCCUGGAAACCAUCUCCAAGCAUCUGGAGGGCAGGGAGUGGAAGAGCCAGCAUGGGCUGACCAAAGGGAAAUGGAAACUCUGCCUGACCAACCUGAUUGCCUUCUACCAGAAGACUGUGGGCACAAGGGGAAAGCAGGGGACUUGGUGUGCCCUCAUAUCGGCAAGGCCUUUCACACAGUCAUCCCUGUUCUACCUGUAG